UGAAAUAACUUUUGGACAAGUGGCAAGUGGGCGUGGGGCUGAGGCCAAGUGAAGCGCUUUUCCGUUCUUGGCCGACGCAGUCGCCGUCACCCAACAACGUUUGGUGCUAAUGUGCAAAGUUUUAUGUUUUCAUCAACAACAGCAACAAUAACGAAAUAUAAGUAAAAAAAAAUAUAACAGAAAAUUAUUUAAAAAGUGUGUGCAAAUAGACGACGACGACGACGACGUCGACGACGCAGAGUGGGCGGCGGAAGAGCGAGAAAAGUUUAGCUACAGUCACAACGAGAACGAGAGCACGCCAACGACCCCUGGAGAAUUAACGAAACGGAAAACAGUUGUUGAGUUGAAAUGCCCUUCGUGACGCCCCGCAGCACAACAACAAGUGCCGGGAGUGGCGCCGGCAGCAGCGGCAGCUCCACCGGACGCACAACAUUUCGUCCGCCAUGGGUUAAGGAGGAUGCAACUUCAAGCGCCAGCAAGCCAGUGACAACGCCUUGGGCCAAAAAGGCUGCGGCAGCCAAGGAGAAUGGUGAAAAGCCCGCAGCAGCAACAGCAGCAACAACAACAAACAGCAAAGCGAAAGCAGCAGCGGGUACAAAGACAGCUGAGCCAGCAAAGAAAACGGAGCCAGCAAAGAAAACUGUUGCAGAGCCUGUAAAGAAGGCAGAGCCAGCAAAGAAAGCAGCUGCAGAGCCUGUGAAGAAACCAGUGACAGCAGCAGCCAAGAAAGCAGCUGAGCCGCCAAGCAAAAAGGCGCCAGAGCCUGUGAAGAAAGCAGCAGCGGCAAGCAGCGUAGCAACAAAGAAGCCUGCAGCCAAAAAGAAAGAGCCAACGCCACCGCCUGAGUCUGAAUCCGAAGAAGAGGAAAGUGAAGAGGAGGAAACCGAAGAGGAGUCCGAGGAGGAGAGCGAAGAAGAAGAAAGCGAAGAGGAAAGCGAGUCUGAAGAGACUGAUGACGAUGACGACGACGAGGACAACACUGUGGAGGACAAGGUGCCGGAGCAUGUGAAAAAGGCCGCUCAGCUGCGUCCCACGCAGACGAACAAACGACCGGAGCAAAAGGAAAGUGAGUUGACACAGCGUUUCGAAUUAGAGAAACCCAAAUUGCGCAGCGUUGUGGUCAAGCGUGAUAAGUCGAGUAAGAAAAUAGCACCCGAGGAUGAUGACGAGGCCGUCGAGGGCGAAACUGAGGAGGAGCGUGAGCGUCGCUUGCGCUUCAAGCUUGAAAAGCCCAAAUUGCGGCAUGUGAAGCGCGAGGAGAAGCCGCUGCCCAGCAAGAGCAGCGACAAUCUGCUUAAAAUACGGCCAGUGUUGAAAAAGGUACCCAAAGUCGAUGAAAUACUCAAAGAACCCAAAGAAGAACCCAAGCCCGAGUUCAAGACCAAGACCCUGAGGAAAGCGCCCUCAAUAAAGCGCGAACCGAGCAUCAAGAGCGUUCCUGCACCGCCGCCGCUGCCAUCGCUGGUACCAAAGGCACCACCACCGCCGCCACCGCCAUUGGCGCCGGGCGAGAAGCGCGAUCUGAGCGCUACGCAAAAGAAAACGCUGGAGAGACUGAAAACACGUCCGCGCCGACGUCCCGACUGGUCCGAGAUGAUGAAGGAGGUGGAAAGCGGCAGGAAGCUGCGUCAUGUAACUUGCAAUGACAGAUCUCAGCCCAUACUGACAUGCAAAUCGAUGACCAAGGUGGACGACAAGUUCAUCUAUGAGACAGAGAAGGACAACUCGCAUAAUAAGCUGCUCAAGCAGAUUCAGGGCGGCAUCAAACUGAAGCCGACGCGCACCAAUGAUCGCAGCAAGCCCAUACUGGAGGGUCUGCGCAAGUUCCGCCGCCAAAUGACCAUCGAGGAGCAGCUGCACAAGUCACAGUCCAAGAUAAAUAUGCUGAGCGAGGCGCCCAGCAGCCAUGCGCUGGGACCGGGCAGUGCUGCUGCGCUGGGCGCUGGCAGCUCGAGGCCAAGCAUUGCAUCGGGCAUGUCGAUUGACGAGGAGAGUCCCGAUGAGCUGGACGACAUUGACAAGAUACGCGAUGACCUGCAGAGCACCAAGCAGAUGCUGGCGCUGGAGCUGCGCAAUCGUGAGGCACAGGAGCGUGAGAAUAAGAAGCUGCUGGCGAAAAUACGGACACUCGAGACGGAGCUGGAGCGCGAGAAGUCGCGCGAAAAGAAUCUCGAAUACGGGUCGAAUGUCAUUGUGGCAACAAUGGAUCCCACGCCCACCUCCGAGCAGGCAUACGUCAACUCGCUGAAGCGUGAGGUCGAGGAUGCGCGCAAAGUGUCCAAGGAGGUGGAACAGAACUAUCACGAUACCAGUGAACUGCUUGUCGAGGCCAAAACGGAAAUCGAUGAACAAAAGCGACAGAUACAAUUACUCGAGCGUAAACUGGCAGCAGCAUUGCAGGGCAAUGCGACACCAGGCACUAACAGAUCGCAUAUUAGUUUUUGCUUUGCUUACGACGAUGACGAUGACUACGAUGAGUGCAACGGUGGGCAGUUGAACAAUCACGGUAGUAACGGCCUGCAUAAGGGCGUUGCAUACGAUGGCUCGAGACGACCCAGCGAUGCGCAUUUCGGACGCGACAGCUCACCCGAGCUGGAGCUGGAGCUGAGCGAAAGCGAUCCGGAUGAGCCUGAGGAGAAGAAAACCGAGCGACGCGAGAAGCGCAUAGGCAAGGAGGUUAAGGUGCUGCGCAGCAAACUUACCAAGAUCAAGGUGAAAGAAGAGGCCGCCAAAAAGGAAAAGGACGUGCUUAAGGAGGCCAUGAAAAAGAAUCACAUUAUACUCAAAGAUGAGAACAAAAAGUUCAAGAAAUUGGAGAAGGAAGUGCAAAAAAUGGCAGCCUCAAUGAAGCUAGACGAAGACGAAGUCGAUGCCGAGGAUAAGGACGAUGAAGAAGGUGCAGAGGACGAUGCUGAAGCUGAAGACAAUGAGUCUGAAUCCGAGGAGGAGUCUGAGGAAUCAGAAAGCGAGGAUAGCGAAGAGGAAUCGGCCAGCGAGUCCGAGUCAGAAGACGCCGCCAACUCUGCCAAGAAGAACAAUCUGGAGCCGCGUGUGAAGAAGCACGAAAGUCGCUUUGCUGCUAUGAAGAAAUGCAAUGUGCUGCUGCAAGCGAAUGUGGACAAUUUGCAGGAUGAGAUUUCACAGGUACGCUCCAGAGCCACGAACCUGCAGGACGAACUGGAUGCCGUUAUUGCCGACUUGGGUUUCUAGCUGCGACAGCUGGUGCUCCGCAAAGAAACAAUUGUGGAUACUGUACAACAACAGCGUGUUUAUUUACUGUUUGCGUAGUGUUCCUUUUUCAAUGUAUUUAAAUAUAAUAUAUAUAUCUCAAAAUA